AAAGAUGGUGUUGUGUUGAUACCGACGAAGUGGAUUUUCACUCGAGAAAAAGAUAAUGCAUAUUUUUGCUAUUAUCCACCAACAAAAGAAUCUUCAAAAUUUAAUGAAAUGGUUUCCAAAUUAAUAAAUCCAGUAAUGACAUGGAGACAAUAUGAUAUUUUGAAAUAUUUAAAAAAAACCAACACUCUAGAGAAAGGAAAAGAAAAAUUGCUAGAAGCGCUUGUCAUGUCUGAAAUAGAUAGUGAAAUUAAUGAAGAUUAUGCGGAUAAGUAUAAAAAGUCAAGACAACAUCGAGCGAAAACUAAUACUCUGACAGAAAAUUCGAAAUUAAAUGAAAAUCCAAUGAAAAAACAAGAAAAUAUUCAAACACCAGAACCGAUUAAUCAAUUUGUAACGAACAAGGUUGACGGAGUUUUAGAAAACGAUCGCUGUAAAGUUAAGCUACAGCCAAAAAUAAUCGAUAACAAAAUAUUGAAAACAAAAUUUCUACUUCCUUUGCCACCAGCAAAAAGAGUUCGGACCGAUUCUGAAACCGAAAAUAAUUUGGUGCAUGAAGUAUCUCCUUCAUUUGAAUAUGGUCCCUCUAAAAGGAACCUAGAAACAAAAAAUAUUGAUUAGAAAAUAUUGGAAUCAAAUUUGGAACCAUCUUUACUCCCAGCAAAAAAAAUCGAACCGAUUCUGAAGCUGAAAACAAUUUUGAUACAAGCUUUGAAAUGGAACCAAUCCCGUCAACAUCAGCAAAUAAUAAUGGAUUGAACGAUUCUUCUAUCAAACAUUCACAAAAAAGGAAAGACACUCCUGCAAAUUUUC